AUGGAGGAGCAUGAAAAACAAAGGAGGCCUGUUGGGAGGGUGGGCAAGGAGCAUCAAACCACUGUCGCCAAAUCAAACCACCCAGAAACCAAGGUGUUUGCGCAGAGGGACUUGCCGACGCCGCCUGGCCGGGGAUUUGGAGAAGCAACUCGCCGCCUGUGUGUUGCUAUGGAGCCAUUGCUUGUCCGAAGAUUUGGGAACGUGACUCGCCUGAGAGAGAAGAGACAGGAAAUAGGGGAAGUGACUGAGAGAGAUCGAUUGAUUUUGGGGAUUUUUGAAUAG